CCUACAGCCCCACCAUUGAAUGUUUGGGAAAAAAAGAGAAAAAAGAUAAGGUUAAUUAUCCCCAACCAAAAGAAAGCCCAAACAAAACCAGCCGAAACCCAACCCAGCAGCCAUAGUAUCCUAUACUCCCGUCGGAGUCCCACCGGUACCUGUACCUGAACUGAUGAAAGAAGAGGGAGCGAACGGAAACGGCAGUAUCCAUGAAUAUGGAUAUGGAUAUGAAUAUGAUUUCCAGAAAAGUAACAAGAGUAAGAGCUGCUUCAGCGGACACCAACCCCCUUACAAUCCAAGAAUCUCCUUCAAAAAACCUCAAUCCUAAACCCAACAAUUCUGUCCUUACCCCACCGCCGACAGAAACUGCUUCCUCACCGACUUUCACUUUAACUGCUCAAGCAGUUUCUGACGUUUUCAAACGCAGGACUGUUAUUGUUCAGGGUAAAGAACAAUUGGAUGAUUCAUAUUUGGGAUGUGAGAGAUGGUUGCCAAGUCAGCCAAAAGUAGAGAAGCCUCCAUCAGUGUUUAAUGCCGCGACUUUGGCUUAUAUUGAUGAUAGUAUUUUUGAGGAUGCAUUGCUCCAGAAACUUCUCAAUGAUAAUUACCUGUCAGAGGAAGAAAGGAGCCUAGAGCACAUCAAAAAUUCCAUGUGAGGUAGCACCAUAUGAAGGGAAAUUACUGAUUCGGGUUGGAGAAUGUGUUCUUGGCAUUUGGCAGAGUAACAGAAUUUCAAGUUUUCAACUCUUGCAAGAGAUGAUGAUGGGACUUCUAAAAUUGAAUGGAAGGAAAGGCUCUUGGUUUGAGUUGCUUGAGAUAUUACUUGGCAUACAAGUCAAAUGUCAUGUGGUGUCAUGGCAAGAAAUCGGGUGUUCUUCGUUGGGGAAAGAAUGUCGGUUCAGCUAAAACAUGAACAAAAAAACGUGUUGGGGUAGCAGUUUACAACUGAGCAUCUUCACUAGAAACAUUAGUUGGUUAUCUCUACCUGACAAAUGUAAAUCGUUUGGAAGAGUAAUGCUUACGUUGGGAUUCUCAACUGGUUCUUCUACACAAAUGAUUAUGGAGGAAGCAAACAGUAAGUCAACUAUCUAGAGUGCGCCUUUCUUGUUUGUAAAAUCAAAUUUGUAUCGAGCACCUUACCUUUUCGCUUUUGUAAUAAAAUGCGUGCCACAGUGGCAUGAUAUGGGCAUCAUGUGCUCAGGUGCAAACGUCAUGCACUUUUUUUUCA